GCUCCACCAAUUCCUAUCUCCGUAUCAGCAUGCCCAGAGUCCGUCCGUGGAUAAUCACUUGCUGAGCCAGGGGCUUGGCGUCCGCCUUUACGAAUGGCUUUGUUCGAGUAUCAAAAUUACGGGUUUCACGCAAUAGACGCAUGCCGUCAUGGCUACGAUUUCGAUGAGGCGUUCAGGGGUUGCGGCUCUUUUCCCUACAGUUAGGCUUCCUUUCUACCGUGUAUUUUGUCUCUCGGCUGGGCCUACUUUGGUUCCCCUCGGCCUUUGUUUUGACUUGUUCGGGCGGUUGAUUUUGCUCUGUCUAUUCCCACAAACGGUAUCACUUGGCCGCUUAGCUGGGCGUUUGCAUUGUUGGCACCGGUGCCUGGGGGACGCAUCGGUGAUCAGGGGUAAUCUUCAGGUGAGAUCAGGAACUAGGGCAAACAUGGAUACCCCGCCCUUGAUGAAGGUGCACAACUUCGCGUUUGAUUUUCUCAUACUUCGCAACAAUCUGUGGAAGAUCGCUACGGGCGAUGUGAGGGGUUUCGGGUCGUUCGACAUAGGGAGCACCCGACAAUGACAAGCAAAUUCUGACCCCAUCCUGGUUCCGUGCAUCGUGAAGAGAUCUAGUGACACAUGCGAACUCACCAGGACCUUCUCCGAGCAGACGCGAGACUUUCCCAACAAAUUUAGCAGACCGUGGACGGCAGCUUCGGAAUGAGCAAUGCACUAAGACAAGAAACAACACAUUAAACUUAGCCUGGGGUCACC